GAGCGACAGCCCCAGUGAUGGUGAUCGCUGCCGCCUUGAUAGUUUAUUAUGUGUACAUCCCACUUCCGAACACGCUCUCCGAGCCUUGGAAACUGAUGCUCCUAGAUGCGACGUUCAGAGGAGUCCAGGAUAUGGUAAACAUUCCAACUAAAAUAAUUUUCGACUUGGAUAAAACAGCGAGAGUUCGGGGGAUAACACAUGGAGAGUAAAAUUCUAACCAAGCACACAGAAAAGAAUAUAACACCAUUGACAGUCCGUUGAUUUUAAUGCACUAACUUUGUGUCAUCUGGUGCAGCAGUUGGGACUCGGUCACCACCUGAAGGCUCUGAAUUUUGUUAUCACAAUGUUUGAAAUGCUUGCUCCUCAAUCAAGUGAAAUGGUUGAAGUGACAGACACAUCAUUUGAUGGAGUGCAAGUCAGAGUGUUUGAACCCAAGAAUGUUGAUGGUGAACUAAAGCGAAGCAUUAUUUACAUACAUGGUGGAGGUUGGGCUUUAGGAAGUGCAAAAAUGCGAUCAUAUGACCACCUUUGUCGGAAGAUGGCAAAAGAUAUGAAUGCUGUUCUUGUCUCCAUUGAAUAUCGUCUUGUCCCAGAGGUUCAUUUUCCUGAGCAGAUUAAUGAUGCUUAUAGUGCUACCAAGUAUUUCCUACAGCCUGAGAUUUUAUCCCAAUACUCAGUGGAUCCAAAUCGAAUUGCAGUUUCUGGAGACAGUGCUGGAGGAAACUUGGCUGCUGCUGUAACUCAGCAGCUUGUUAUGGACAGAAGUAUCAACACCCGACUCAAGCUUCAAGCUCUUAUAUACCCAGUACUUCAGGCUCUUGAUUUUAAUACUCCUUCCUACCAACAGAAUAUGGCUGCACCUAUCUUGUACAAACAGGUCAUGGCCCGUUUCUGGCUGGAGUACCUGAAUGGGGAUCCAAGCUUUGUCCAGGCAAUGUUGGUCAACAACCACACAGCUUCAAACCUAAGUCAGCUGAGCUCUAUCCGCGAUCGCUUAAACUGGACAAACCUUCUACCACAAUCAUUUAUAAAAAACUACAAACCUGUCAUCCAGGUAAUGGGAAGUCCACAGGUUAUAAAGGAGUUGCCAGCAUUACUGGACCCAAGAGCAGCUCCAUUAAUUGCAGAUAAAGAAAUCCUGCAGUUGUUACCAAGAGCCUACAUUCUGACCUGUGAACAUGAUGUUCUAAGAGAUGAUGGAAUAAUGUAUGCAAAGCGCUUAGAAGAUGCUGGAAUAGAAGUGACUCUUGACCACUAUGAAGAUGGAUUUCACGGUGCCAUGAUAUUUGCAUUGCCACCUACCAACUUUGAUGUGGGAAGCAAGAUCAUGAGUAACUAUAUAAACUGGCUAGACAAAAAUUUGUGAACCUUUUGUCAGGGAUUGGGAAGUUGUAAUAGAAAAUGUUGCUCAUGCAAACUGUACUUUUGAAAAAGAUCUACUACAUAUUUAUGCAAUGCAACAAUCCAAUGCAAAUUUAUGUUAUAGAAUUACUGAAGCUAUCUUGUUAGGCUUGAUAAAAAAUUUAUGCAAUGCAACAAUCCAAUGCAAAUUUGUGUUAUAGAAUUACUGAAGCUAUCUUGUUAGGCUUGAUAAAAAAUUUAAUGUGCAUUCGCUCUACUACAAUAAAUCUGUAUAAAGACAAAGGUGUAAUUUAGGAAGAAAUAGCUGUGUUAGCUAUUAGUAUGGUUUUGCAUAAUGAUAAAGUGGGACUGCUUAGCAUCUCAUUUACAUGCUAACCUUAGCAUGUGAAGAAAUCUUCAUCAAUGAUUAAUGCUCAUUGUGGAAUCACCACAAAUUUAAGUAAUAAAUCCUAGUUUAUUUUUAAAAAUGACAUAGCUGGAAGUUUAAAAAAACAACCUCCCCAAAAACUGAGUAACCUGAAAGUACUAAUCUCACUUUGCUUCAGCUGACCUUAAAACUGCUGAAAGUCAACUGUUUUGUUUUUGUCACCUAAACCAUCUGAUGAGAUUUGUCUUGCAAUUAUUUUUGCAUGUUCAUUAUCCUUCAUUUUAAGUUUCACAGAACUUUUUUGUUGGCAACGUUGAAAUUGAUCUUAUCAGGAGUACACUAUAUUACAGUAUUCAGAAUGAUUUUUAUUUAGUUUGAAAUUAGUUAUACAAAAGGCUGUAUAUUUAGCAAUGUUUUGUGUGGUUUUUUACAGUAUUUUGCUAGUUUUAGUUCUAAAUUUUCUGUAAUAUUUUGCUGGUCAUGCUGAAAUGCUAUCUCAAAAAAUGAUCAAUUAAUUUGUUGUUUUGGAAGAUUUUUAUAUUGUCAGUUGCUUAGGAAAAUAUAAUUUAAUACUCCCAAGUGCUUUGGUAUGAAAUCUGGCAGCCUCCCUGCAGGGCGUCAAAGGAAUGGGGUCUUCAGAGGGGUGCCCUGGUGUUGAUGGAUGCCUCUGUGAUAACGGUGGCGUUUGUGCCUCAUGACCAUACAUAAGAUCGCUGGUUAGUCAACAUCAGUGUUACAAUUAAUUAUUGUUACUGAAAACUUGUAGAUAAAGUUUUUUUUCAUUUGCUGCUACUGUGACUAACUCCUUUUUAAGUUCUUCCUCUUUCCUCCUCCUCCUCCUCCUCCUCCCCACCACCCCACCCCCGGCCAAUCCCCCUUCCCCCUGCCAUAUCUUUUUCUCACCUUCUGAAUGUAGUGACUUCUGUGGUUUCAAAAGCCCUGUGAUAUCCUACUUGAACUCUUCAUGUGAGCGUAGACUGUGUUGACAGCGACAGCGCUGUCAAAUUUGGAUCCUUACCUCACCUGAUGCUCAUUGGUAUUUAGGAGUCACUUGAUAGUGAUUAGGAGUGGGAAUCCUAGAUGAUUUGAUUAUUUUUGACUAAGGUCAAUUGUGGUAGCUUCCUUGACUUGUAGAGUCAGGAUCAAAACUAACUUUUAAUUACAUAUCAGUAUACGGUUACCAAUUACAAAUUUGUUCAUAUUUUUAAAAUAACAUCAGUGAUUGUUUUAGCACUUAAGCUUUUGCCAAAAUAACCCUAGCUGUGGUAAAGCCCUAAAUUAGACCUAAACUUUGUUCAGAAUCACCUGUUCCCUUUUAGAUGAGAAAACAUUUUUGGAAAUGUAAUUUAUGGACUAGUAAAAUAGUAAAAAUAACAAUCAGCCAGUCAAACAAGUGGGCAACUGUGAAACAACUUUAGAGAUUGCUAAAGUUGGCAAGUUGGGAUGGAAGAAGAAAAAUGUUAGAAUCAGUAUGAAAAAUGUAGAGAUUUCUUUACAUACAUAGUGGCUUAUUAUCUGUUUGUUAUAUUGUUUACAUUUGUACCAACUAGUGCCUGUGAUAGAACAGAACUAUUCAUGCAGUAAUGAAAGGUGUCGUUUGGUAUAACCGCCAGGAAAAAAUGUUAAAAUAAUUGUUUGAAAUAUAUAUAUAUAUAUAUAAAAAAAUAAAAUAUGGAAAUCA